AUGCUCUUACAACAACCACAGCCAUCCCCACAACAACUACAGCCAUCCCCACAACAACCCCAGCUGCUCCCACAACAACCACAGCAGCUCUCACAACAACCACAGCAAUCUCCACAACAACUACAGCCAUUUCCACAACAACCCCAGCUGCUCCCACGACAACCACAGCAGGUCUCACAACAACCACAGCAGGUCUCACAACAACCACAGCAGGUCUCACAACAACCACAGCCAUCCCCACAACAACCACGGCUGCUGCAACAUCAACAACCAUCCCCACAAAUCCACGGCUGCUUCAACAUCAACAACCAUCCCCACAACAACAACAGACGGUCUUGCAACAACCACAGCCAUCCCGACAACAACUACAGCCAUCCCCACAACGACCACAGCAGCUCUCACAACAACCACAGCCAUCCCCACAACAACUACAGCCAUCCCCACAACAACCCCAGCUGCUCCCACAACAACCACAGCAGGUCUCACAACAACCACAGCAUCUCUCACAACAACCACAGCAAUCUCCACAACAACUACAGCCAUUCCCACAACAACCCCAGCUGCUCCCACGACAACCACAGCAGGUCUCACAACAACCACAGCAGGUCUCACAACAACCACAGCCAUCCCCACAACAACCACGGCUGCUGCAACAUCAACAAUCAUCCCCACAACAACCACAGAUGCUCUUACAACAACCACAGCCAUCCCCACAACAACUACAGUCAUCCCCACAUCAACCACAGCUGCUCCCACAACAACCACAGCAGCUCUCACAACAACCACAGCCAUCCCCACAACAACUACAGCCAUCCCCACAACAACCCCAGCUGCUCCCACAACAACCACAGCAGGUCUCACAACAACCACAGCAGGUCUCACAACAGCCACAGCCAUCCCCACAACAACCACGGCUGCUGCAACAUCAACAAUCAUCCCCACAACAACCACAGAUGCUCUUACAACAACCACAGCCAUCCCCACAACAACUACAGCCAUCCCCACAACAACCCCAGCUGCUCCCACAACGACCACAGCAGCUCUCACAACAACCACAGCCAUCCCCACAACAACCACGGCUGCUGCAACAUCAACAACCAUCCCCACAACAUCCACUACUGCUGCAACAUCAACAACCAUCCCCACAACAACAACAGAUGGUCUUGCAACAACCACAGCCAUCCCGACAACAACUACAGCCAUCCCCACAACAACCACAGCAGCUCUCACGACAACCACAGCCAUCCCCACAACAACUACAGCCAUCCCCACAACAACCCCAGCUGCUCCCACAACAACCACAGCAGGUCUCACAACAACCACAGCAGGUCUCACAACAACCACAGCCAUCCCCACAACAACCACGGCUGCUGCAACAUCAACAACCAUCCCCACAACAUCCACGGCUGCUGCAACAUCAACAACCAUCCCCACAACAACCACAGCUGCUCCCACAACAACCACAGCAGGUCUCACAACAACCACAACUGCUUCCACAACAACCCCAGCUGCUCCCACAACAACAGCAGCAGCACCAACGACAACUACAGCUGCGGCUACAACAACUACAGCUGCACCCACAACAACCACUGCAGCUCACACAACAACCACAGCUGCAGUUACCACAACCACAGCUGCUGCUACAACAACAAUAGCAGAUCCCACAACAACCACACCUGCUUCCACAACAACCCCAGCUGCUCCCACAACAACAGCAGCAGCACCAACGACAACUACAGCUGCGGCUACAACAACUACAGCUGCACCCACAACAACCACUGCAGCUCACACAACAACCACAGCUGCAGUUACCACAACCACAGCUGCUGCUACAACAACAAUAGCAGAUCCCACAACAACCACACCUGCUUCCACAACAACCCCAGCUGCUCCCACAACAACAGCAGCAGCACCAACGACAACUACAGCUGCGGCUACAACAACUACAGCUGCACCCACAACAACCACUGCAGCUCACACAACAACCACAGCUGCAGUUACCACAACCACAGCUGCUGCUACAACAACAAUAGCAGAUCCCACAACAACCACACCUGCUUCCACAACAACCCCAGCUGCUCCCACAACAACAGCAGCAGCACCAACGACAACUACAGCUGCGGCUACAACAACUACAGCUGCACCCACAACAACCACUGCAGCUCACACAACAACCACAGCUGCAGUUACCACAACCACAGCUGCUGCUACAACAACAAUAGCAGAUCCCACAACAACCACACCUGCUUCCACAACAACCCCAGCUGCUCCCACAACAACAGCAGCAGCACCAACGACAACUACAGCUGCGGCUACAACAACUACAGCUGCACCCACAACAACCACUGCAGCUCACACAACAACCACGGCUGCAGUUAUCACAACCACAGCUGCUGCUACUACAACAGUAGCAGAUCCCACAACAACCAUAGCUUCUCCCACAACAACCACAUUUGCCCCCAUAGCAACAGCAACAGCAGCUGCUGCAAUAACAACCACAGCUGCGUCAACAACAACCACAGCCAUCCCCACCACAACCACAGCUGCUCCCACAACAACCACAGCUGCUGCUACGCCAACUAUAGCUGCUCCAGCAACAACCACAGCUGCUCUGAUCAAAGCUACCACAACACCGGCACCUCCACCACCGGAGGUGAAGUUGGAGUUCAAAUUAGAGCAAAACUUCACGGCAGACUUGAAUAAUACAUCUUCAGCAGAGUUCCAAGCAUUAGCAACCAUUGUGGCUACAGCGUUGGACACAGUUUACCAAAACAAAUAUGGAUCCCGUUUCAAUCGCACAGAGGUCCUAGGUUUCAGUAAAGGUUCGGUUGUGGUAGACGCUAAGCUGAUAUUUAACAAUGCCAGCUCAGUCCCUGAGUCCAGUACGGUGGUC